AUGAAGCCUACGCGUUCUAAGAGCAGAAAAGCUCUCACCAUUGGUGCUGAGCAAAGCAAUGCAGCCCAACCGGAAGAUAUUUCAGAAGGGCAAGAGCCCCCAAGGACUCAGCCCGCAAACGAAGAGGCCAUAACACGUAUGGCCGAGUUUGUAACCGAGAACCCCAACAUCUUUGAGGAGUUGGGGAGGUACCUAAAAAGGCAGGGCAAGCAGAAAGCUGAGCCCUCCAAAAGGAAGUCAGAUGGAUCCCCUGAAGGUUCAUCUGACGAGGAAUCUGAUGGGAGGCGCCUAAGCCGAAGUGCUUCAAAGCGGGCAUUUUCUAAGGCCACUUCUAAGGUAGCCUCCCUGACCAAGGCAUUUUCCCGAGGACUUCUAGGGCGAAGACCUGAGGAAGAACCUCGAUUUUUGGGAACGCCCGGGGUGAAUUACAUGAGAGCCCCACCUUUUACUGACGACAUCAACGAGGAAAGGCUUCCUCCCAAUUUCAAGCUUCCCUCUAUACCAUCUUAUGACGGCCGAGGUGAUCCCGAGAAUCACAUCCACGCCUUCAUCUCGGCUUUCCGUUUAUACUGCAUCCCUGACCCAGUCAUAUGCCGAGCUUUUCCAGUGUUCCUCCAGGGCACUGCUCGAAAAUGGUUCUGGGGAUUAGAACCUAGGAGCAUCUCCACCCUGGGGGAACUGGUGGAAAGAUUUCUCCACCGAUUCAUCUCCUCCCGACCUACGAUCAGGACCUCGGCUUACCUGCUGAACAUGCAGCAGAACCCGGGAGAAUCACUUCGGUUGUACGUUCAGAGGUUCAAUGAAGAAAGCGUCCAAAUACCUGACCCCAAUGAGCAGGUCAUCACAGCUGCUUUGACCCAUGGACUUGUAUCCGGGGUAUUAAACACGGGGAUCCACAAGAAAUAUCCCCGCACACUCCAUGAACUAUGGUCGAAGGUCGAAAAGGGCAUACAAGCCGAGAACCUCAAUCGCAUGAAGAAAGAAGUCCAAGCUGCUCGCCCGAGGGCUGACCCCCGAAGAGGGAAGGAGCUUGGCCGAAGUGAAACAGGGACAGGAAGCGGCUUUCAGAGUCCCGGCCGAGAUCGCCGUAGUGUGUUCGAUAGGAUCUCCAAGGGGAAGACGCCCAUUCCUGAGUCCGAACUGACUCCCUUGAACACCUCCCGAUCUCGCGUGCUGUCUGUAAGGGAACAAAACAACCUCGGGAAGGCCCCUCCCAAAACGUACAGCAGCAAAGACAAGAGGAACUCGAACCUCUACUGUCUGUACCACCGGGACAUCGGGCAUGAAACUGAGGACUGCAACGAUCUUAAAAAGGAGAUCGAGAACCUCAUCAGACAGGGCCACCUGAAGCAGUUCAUCCGCCGAGGUGGAGGGUACGGACCCAACAUAGCCGGGGUCAUCAAUACAAUUGCCGGAGGUCCGACGGGAGGAGAUAGCCAGAACUCCCGGAAGAGGACCGACAGGCAGGCUAACCCGGAUCCGGCUGAGUCGAGUUCUCGUCUAUCCGAGGUGAUCACUUACGGGUCUAGUGACCCCGUCUCAACUGCUUCGAGCAGUCAUGAGGCCUUGGUGAUUGAGUUGCUCACCAACAAUUAUAUCGUCAAAAAGGUCUAUAUUGACCCGGAGAGCUCGGUGGACGUCAUGUACCUCCGUACGUUUGAGAGCCUCAAAUUGGCCCGGGAUCGCAUGACCCCGGUAAGGACUCCUCUUGUAGGCUUCGGGGGACAUGUUGUGCAUCCCGAAGGGAUGGUGACCCUGACGGUAACCGUGGGAUGCCACCCCCGUUGCCGGACUCUUCCUGUCAACUUCGUCGUGGUAAAGGCCGACUCCCCGUACAACCUCCUCCUAGGUCGGCCCAUGCUUAAUGCUCUGCGGGCGGUAUAUUCUACCUACCACCUGAGCUUUAAGUUUCCUACUCCCGCGGUUGUUGCCGAGGUCAGCAGCGACGUUUGUGCUGCCCGAGAAUGCUACCUCGCUACUCUACAGGCAGCCUCCCCAUCUACCUCCAGUGCAAGGUCCGAAAGGGGGUCGGACAUUCUCUCGAUUGACUGCAUCUACCCUCAACAAACGGUGAAACUCCAGAGGCUGGAAACCGGAGAUGAGGUGGAAGAUAUUCCCCUGGAUCCCGUGAAUCCGGACCAAACGAUCCGCGUCGGUAUCUGUUUGCCUGACUCAAUUAAGGAAGGGAUGGUGAGUCUUCUCAGAGAAUACCGGGACGUCUUUGCUUGGGCCGCAGAUGAGGUCGAAGGAGUCCCGCAUCACCUCAUAAUACACGAGCUCAAUGUUGACCCGCAAGCACGCCCGGUCAAACAAAAAAGGAGGCACCUCGGCCCUGAGCGUAGCCAAGCUGUUGGUGAAGAGGUGGACAAGCUCCUACCUGCAAAAAUAAUCCGGGAAUUCCAAUAUCCGACUUGGUUGUCCAACCCGGUCAUGGUCAAGAAGGACACAGGAGCCUGGAGGAUGUGCGUCGACUUCACCGACCUCAAUAAGGCCUGCCCCAAAGACUGUUACCCCUUGCCCAAGGUCGACACUUUGGUGGACUCGGCAAUGGGUUAUGAGGUCCUCUGUUUCCUUGAUGCCUUUAAAGGGUAUCACCAAAUCGGAAUGAGUCCAGAGGACCAGGAGAAGACGGCCUUCUACACUGACCGAGACACCUAUUGCUACGCCACCAUGCCCUUUGGACUAAAGAAUGCCGGGGCCACGUACCAACGCUUGGUCAACCAAGCCUUCAAAUCUCAGAUCGGGCGAAAUGUCGAAACCUACGUGGACGACAUUCUCCUCAAGAGCCAGACGACCUCUUCCUUCCUCUCUGACCUGAGAGAAGUCUUUGAGGUCCUACGGAAGACGCGGAUGAUGCUGAACCCCAAGAAAUGCGUCUUCGGGGUCACUUCGGGAAAAUUUCUUGGCUACCUCGUCUCGAGACGGGGUAUCGAAGCAAACCCAGACAAGGUGAAAGCCAUUCAAGAAAUGUCUCCACCUCGGUGCAUCCGUGAUGUCCAGAGGCUGACGGGGCGGUUGGCCGCCCUGAAUCGGUUCUUAUCGCAAUCAGCUUCCAAGGCAUUGCCAUUUUUCAAGGUCUUAAAAAAGGCCGACGGCUUCUCCUGGACCGAGAAAUGUCAACAGGCCUUCGAACAACUGAAAGAAUAUCUCCACCACCUCCCAACACUCACCUCACCUCGUCCAGGGGAUAAGUUAUUCUUGUACUUAUCUGCUGCAGUCGAAGCGAUAAGUGUCGUGUUGAUAAGGGAGGAAGGUGUACAGAUGCCCGUUUAUUAUGUCAGCCGAGUCCUCCGAGGUCUGGAGACCAGAUACACUCAGGCGAAGAAGCUCGUGCUGGCCUUAAUCCAUGCAGCUCGUAGGCUUAAGCCCUACUUUCUAGCCCAUCACAUAUGCCUGAGCACUGACCAACCACUUCGGCAAGUAUUGUCACGGCCAGAGGCUUCUGGACGCCUCACCAAGUGGGCUAUCGAGCUGGGGGAGUACGACCUGUCUUACGAACCUCGCGCAGCAAUCAAAGCUCAGCCUCUUGCGGACUUUCUAGCCGAGCUCACCUUUGAUAAAGUAAAGGAAGCCAUCCCGGCUCCUGCCGAGUCCCAACGGUGGAUCCUACAUGUGGAUGGCUCGUCUAACAGUGAGGGUAGUGGAGCAGGCUUGCUCCUCGAAGACCCCCAAGGAGAAAUAUGUUCAUACGCUCUGAGGUUUGACUUCGCUGCUUCCAAUAACGAGGCUGAAUACGAAGCUGUCAUUGCCGGCCUGCAAUUAGCUCGUAAGCUUGGGGCCGCGCACAUCUUGGUCUAUAGUGACUCUCAGCUCGUCGUGUGCCAAAUACUAGGCGAAUACGAGGCCAGGGAAGAGGCGAUGCAUCGUUACCUCUCCAAGGUCCUCCAACUGGUGACACACUUCGAGUCUUUUGAAAUCCAAAGAAUACCGCGGUCACAGAACAGGAGGGCAGAUGCCCUCUCUCGGCUCGCUUCUACCUCCUUCUCUGACCUGAACAAGACGGUUCUUGUGGAAGUCUUGGCCAAGCCAGGAUAUGUGGGGGAAGUUGUAUGUCUCAUUUACCCAGGGGACACCUGGAUGGGACCACUGGUUCGAUUUCUCAGCCGAGGUGAACUUCCCGAAGACCGAGCCGAAUCCCGGAAACUGCAACGUAAAGCAGCUCGGUACGCUCUCCGGGGCGAUCUCCUGUACAAGAGGUCAUACCUCGACCCGUGGCUGCGAUGUAUUACUCCGGAAGAAGGGGAGAGGAUCUUACAAGACAUUCAUGGAGGACUCUGUGGUGCUCAUGUUGGCUACAGGAUGCUCGUUAAAAAAGCUUUGCUGCUCGGAUACUUCUGGCCCACCAUGAGGGUGGAUGCCCAGGUCAUGGUCCUUAGCUGUCCUUCUUGCAAUUUUGUAUAUGCGGUGGUGGCGGUGGACUACUUCACCAAGUGGGUUGAGGCCGAGCCUUUGAGAAGCAUUACCGGAGCAGCAGUUCAAAAAUUCUUCUGGAAGAGCGUCGUUUGUCGCUUCGGCCUACCCCGGGUGAUCAUCUCGGAUAAUGGAAGGCAAUUUGCUGAUAACCCUUUCAAGACGUGGUGUCAAAACCUGGGAAUUAAACAGCAUUUCACUUCGGUAGGACACCCUCAAGCUAACGGACAUGCCGAAAACUUCAACCGCACUCUCCGCCAUGGCCUCAAAACCAGACUACACCGAGUUGGAUCGUCAUGGGUGGAAGAACUCCCCAGCGUCUUGUGGUCUUACAGGACCACCCCGAGGUCGGCAACCCAAGAGACCCCAUUUUCUUUGACGUAUGGGUCUGAAGCUGUGGUUCCAGCCGAGUUCAUAACGCCGAACCCGCGGAUGGCCGCAUAUGCUGCCGAAGUCAACGAGGAAGAACGGCGAGUUGACCUCGACCUUGCCGAGGAGAAACGUGAUAUGGCCGCGGCCAAAGUUGCUAUCUAUAAGAAUAUCCUAACUGGUUACUAUAAUGCUCGGGUCAAACACUUACGUUUCAACCCGGGAGACCUUGUGCUCCGGAAGAACUCGGUCAGCCGAGCUGAAACUCAGGGCAAACUGACUCCUAAGUGGGAGGGACCCUACCGCGUUGUCGAGUCCAGCGAAAAUGGAUACUGUAAAUUGGCAUACCGAGAUGGGUCUCGGGUGCCCCGAACUUGGCACGCCGAAAAUCUUAAGAUGUAUUACCCUUGA